AUGGCGCCCGUCGCGGCCAAGCUGAAGGCCGACAACAAGGCCUUGCUGCGAGCCUUUUACACACGCCUCUCCUACCAGCCAGAGUGCGAGGCUCACAGCCUCAGCCUGCUCAAAUUCCUGUCGCGAUCUGGCGUGCAGAAGGAGAAGGAAGGGCCUACCCCGGUGAGCACCCAGUGCUCGACUGUAACCCUGACCACGUCGGAGGAAGAGGCAACAGUGCCGCGCAAAGUGGCUGCACCCUGGACGCGAGGAAUAACUUGCGAUGGUGGGCAGCUCCGGGAGACGCCCAGCUUUGAGGCGCUGGACAAGUUCAAGUAUGGCCUGAAAGGAAUCAGCAAUGACUCUGCUGCACCCUCGCUUGCGGAGGUCACUCGAAAGGCCGAACAGGAGCCCGAGUCGACGCAGCCGAGGAUGGUCCGCGAGAGGCGCCGCUCCUCGGAGUAUUUGUCUUCGUUGUGCACAGGCACCAGCCCGUUUUUGGAGCACGUGGAGCCCUUACUCAUGCGCUGGCCCCAGGAGGUGCACGAGCUUCUCCACAGGCCAAUGGAUUUCCACCCACGCGCCUCUCCGAAGGAUCCGGAGUUGAGAUCCUUGAAGUUCCAUCCUGGUGCUUUUUCCAUAGCGCACCCGGACAAAGUGAACAAACACGGAAAUGAGGAUAGCUACUUUGUGGGUGACAACCUUCGCUGCCUUGGGGUGGCUGACGGUGUUGGCGAAUGGGGGUGGCGCUUCGGCAUCAACGCACGCCACUUCGCCGAUGAGCUCAUGUGGGGCUGCCGGGACUUCUUGACCGCACACAACCCUUGCGACGUUUCUGAGGACUUGAGCCAGCACGUGCUCGAGGCACUCAAGAAGGCGCACCAACAGACCAAGUCACUGGGAUCCGCGACCGCCUUGGUGACGGCGCUGGGCAGGGGCGGGCAGCUGGGCAUCGCCAGCUUGGGCGACUCAGCACUGGCCGUCCUGCGCCGGGAGGAGGUCGGAGGUGGAAUGUGCUGCAUCUGCCGCACCGAGGAGCAGCAGGUGAAGUUCAACCAACCGCGACAACUUGCUCGUUUUCCAGACCCUGCAGACUAUCCAAAGCUGAUGCGGGAGGGGAAGGAGAGUUUGGUCAAGGCGAUGCAAAAGUCGACCGGUCGAAAGGACGAUGGCCCAGAGGACUCACAGCUUUUGAGCUUUUCAGUCCGGGAGGGCGAUGUGCUCGUCCUGGGCACUGACGGAUUGUGGGACAACCUCUACAUGCCAGAGGUUUGCAACAUCGUCGCAGCGGCGGUUGGCCCGCUGGAGGUGGAGAACGGUCACUUCACCGAAGCAGCCCAGAUCGCCGAAGCCCUUGCAAAGGCAGCGCAUUGGCGCUCCCUUAGUCGCGAUGCAAGGACGCCGUUCUCGGUCCAUGGCCGCAAGGCCGGGAUCGCCCACACUGGUGGAAAGAUGGAUGACAUUACCUGUGUUUGCGCGUGGGUCCUGGCUGACCGGCAAUGA